GUAAGGUGCACGGAUCGUUGGCGCGUGCCGGUAAGGUGCGCGGGCAGACGCCCAAGGUGGAGAAGCAGGACAAGAAGAAGCAGCCCAAGGGCCGCGCGCACAAGCGCAUGCAGUACAACCGUCGCUUCGUCACCGCUGUGGUGGGAUUCGGCAAGAAGCGCGGCCCUAACUCGUCUGAGAAGUAAAUGCUGCGACGCUGUGUGCUUCUGCACCCUAG